CUCCAUGUGAUAGGGACUAAAACCAGGGACUCUUCAGCCUCACUCUUCACUCCAUCAGAGCCAUGUUCACGCAUCUCCUCUCCUCUCUGUCCACCUUCCUCUUUCCUCUCUCCCUCCUGCACUUCCUCCUCGUCUUCUUCAUUGUUCUGGCAGUGGUCGUCCUCCUCGUCGCCAACCGGUCCAUUUCUGAAACCAAACCUCGGGCGGCCAUCCCCUGCCUGCCGUGGCUCCCCAUCCUGGGCAGCCUCCCCUGGCUGGGUGGAGGCCUGCCUCCUCACCUCCUCUUCAUGCAGCUGGCCCACAGGUACGGUUCUCUGUUUGCUCUGUACGCGGGUCCCCACUACACUGUGGUGGUCAACAACCAUCAGCACGCCAGAGAGGUCCUCCUGCAGAGAGGGAGGGACUUCGCCGGACGGCCGAGCAUGGUGACCACCAACCUGUUGACCAGAGGAGGUAAAGACAUCGCCUUUGCAGACUACUCUCCUCUCUGGAAGUCUCACCGCCGCCUCGUCCACAACUCCUUCACUCUGUUUGGAGAAGGAACCAGCAGACUGCAGGACAUCGUUCUGUCUGCAGUGGACUGUCUGUGUGCUGAGCUCUUGUCCAACGGGUCGCGUGGUUUUGACCCAUCUCCCGCGGUGACAAGGGCCGUCACCAAUGUUGUGUGCACACUGGUGUUCAGUGCCACCUAUUGCCAUGGCGAUGCUGAGCUGCAGGAGGUGAUUCGAUACAAUGACGGGAUCGUGCAGACAAUCACCAGAGGAGGACUGGUGGACAUUUACCCCUGGAUGAAGGUCUUUCCUAACAAGAGUCUCAGUAAGCUGAAGGAGUGUAUCACCGUCAGAGACCGACUGCUGUCACACAAACUGGAAGAGCACAAGGCAUCACUGAGUGACGGUGACCCCCAUGAUCUUCUGGAUGCCUUGAUAAAGGGCCAAAUGGACAGCGGCCGGGGUCCGAAACCGUCUGGGUCGGAGGAUGAGAGGAUAACAGAUGACCAUGUCCUGAUGACUGCGGCGGAGGCUUUUGGGGCCGGAGUUGAGACGACAUCCACCACACUGCUGUGGAUCCUGGCCUAUCUGCUGCACCAUCCAGAGGUCCAGGAGCGCGUGCAGAAGGAGCUAGACGAGCACGUGGGAAGUGAGCGCCCGGUGUGUGUGUCCGACCGCAGCCGGCUGCCGUACCUGGACUGUGUCAUCAACGAGGGGAUGAGGAUCCGUCCAGUUAGCCCUGUGCUGAUCCCACACACCGCCAUGACUGACAGCAGUAUUGGAGGUCAUCCUGUCCGUCGUGGGACUCGUGUCUUGGUCAACAUGUGGUCGAUUCAUCACGACCCCCAACACUGGGACAAACCCGACCUGUUCAACCCAGAUCGUUUCCUUGACGACCAUGGCCAGCGGGUCACACCCUCCUGCUUCCUUCCGUUCGGGGCGGGACCUCGAGUCUGCGUCGGUGAAUCAUUAGCCAGACUGGAGCUCUUCCUUUUCCUGUCCUCCCUGCUGCAGCGAAUGAGUUUCAGGCUGCCAGACGGGGCUCCCCCACCUAACCUGCAGGGGCAGCUGGGCGUGGUCUGGCAGCCAUUACGUUACAAGGUCAUCGUCACCCCAAGGGCCGGAUGGGAGGGCACGGCAAAAUGAAAAGGGUGUAGGACUUAUAGUCAAGCUGAAUGGCAAGAGUGGAGAGGAAUGCAAAAAUACAAUUUUUGUUGUUUCGCUAACGUUUUACACAAGUAAAAAAACAAACGUUAUGAUGUUGUCUUUAUAUCCUCUUGUCUGUCACAACAAUUACUAUUUACAACAUGCAGAGUUAGCUAACAGCUCCCCGUAGCAGCUGUGAUGACAUUAAAAUACAUACAAUGCAAAGAUAAUUUUGUCACAGCUAGACAAUGUUAGCUAAAUUUGAUCUAUAAAAUCUUUCCCAUUCAGUGUAAAGAAAAGCUAUAUGAGAUACAUGGCUAAUUGUGCAAGUUAAAGUCAGUUGGCUAGCAAAAACCUUGACAAGUUUUACAGUACAAGCAGAUUAGCAUCAAAAGGUAGUGUUACGCUCGCUUGCAGCUACAUUGCUCCAGCUUCACCAACUUUGCAGCCACAAGCAAAUGCUAUGCUAGCUUAUUCAAAAACAAACAACAAAAUUCAAGGUUUAAGCCAUUUACAACAGGAACUAUAUAUAAAGUGUUCAGUAGAUGGAAGGUGAGUUUUUUUUCAUUUCUCCUUAAUGGGUUUCUGUUUUUUAUGAAUGAAUAUUUCAAAUUUAGCAAUCUUUUGACAGAGAGUUGAGGUGUAAGUCAAUAUAAUUUGUCACCAUUACUGUUUUUUAACCAAUAAAUAACAGAUCAACUCAG